AUGCGUUCCGCGGAGACCAAGCUGAUCAACUAUGGGCCACUUCGCGUCACCCCCAAGGUGGCUGGUCAGCAGGCAUGCAGUACAAUAGAAGUGAUUGGGAUCGCGCUGAACAGCUGCUUUUUCAUGCUCCAACGCAUCCCCGAUACGGGACGAUAUCAGUUGUUCGAAGGAACCCAAAUGCCUGCAAUUCUCUGGUGGGGCAAGGUGUACGGCUACUUCCGCAAAUCAGUCGAGAAAGGCGGUUUCGGUUUUUUCAUUCUGUUGCACUCGAACACUGCAUUGACUCUGUUCCACUGCAAUACCGUGGACGAAUUAGCUCGCUGGGAACAAAUUAUGAACAACGGAUUCUCUCAGUGGCGCGAAUCCUCCCCGAUCACAAUCGACCAGUUGGAUUCCGACCUGAACAAAACACGCACUGCGAUUGGCGAACAAUGGAAACGAACCGAAGCGGUUAUGGAUCUACUUCGUGAACUUGACCGAGACCUCGAACAGGCCUGGUCUGCUCGAAUGUCUGUCUGUGCGGCGCUUAUUCGAGAACGCCUCAAAAUUCAAAUAUUCGGUCGUCGAGCCACUUUGGGAUCAAUCAUGUCCGGUUCCCCGUCAACCACCGCUCGAACGCGAUCAUCGAAGCAGUCUGUGUCCAGUUUCAUCCCGAGCUCUGGACUGACUAUGUCUACCACCACUAACACCAGCACGGCUUCGGGCAAAUCCAAUCAAUCACCUGAAUGUACCAUGGAAUUGUUGCGCACUAAUACCUAUAUAUCAAGCCUCACGGCUAACGAGGAUUUGGAUCAGUUAUUUUCACUCUUCCAGGAGAACCUCGCUCGACUGUCUUUCGCCUUGGUGGGCAGUUCCUCAGCUGGCUUAUCACGCAGUGCGUCUGAUGUGGAGGAGCGCAAACGUCCAUUAUCCAAACCGAUACGAAAAAACGAGACAUUCAGUGUGCGGGACAGUAUCUCACAUGCGAACGAUCCGAAAAUGCUCGCUGAACUUGGUCGAAAAGCGAAAAAACGUGACGCGCAUCGGUUGAGCACCACAGUGGCUAGCAUAUUCCGAUCUGCAUCUCGUGAUAAGUCCAACGGUCCGACAGUGCAACCACAAAACUCACUCGAUCUGUCUCCGACCAAUGCGUUACAACCGAAAGGCUUGCGCACUCGUCCGCCCCCAUCCAAUCUGUGCUUGUCCACGACCACAACAUCUUCGGCGGGCUCCCGUUUAUCCGGACAAAUUUCAUCUACCUCGGCAGUAUCCACUCCCAUUCCACCGAGGCCUUCGUUGAGUUUUAUCCCCGGUCAGUGCUUGGCCAUCGAGAACAUCGGGGAUAGUGCGGAUGGGUCGGGAAAUGGUUCUUGUACCUCACUGCUGAGUCAACCUUCGGCUGAGGCCUUGAUACUCCUACGGGACUUGAACCACGUUGCCGAAGAAGUCUAUCCCCUAAUCUGUGAUCUUCGCACUGAGAAUGUGGAGCUUCGCGCUCAGCUGGAACGCUUACGAGUGGAUCGGGACGCACUGGAGAAAACAUACUUGGAAGUGAUUAAACAGGAUCCCCAGGCGGCACAUAAUGCACGAGCUGGUUGUGGAGAUGCGGAUUCCACGGAUGCGGCCCUGCCCACGCUGACGGUGAAACAAGAGACGGAAAAAUUGCGUCAGGACUAUGAGACAUUCACACGUAAAUCGGAGGAGUGGGAAAAAGAACGUCAACGCCAGCGGGACGAGAUUGAACGGGAACAUACGAAACUGGCCAAGGAACGAACCCGCCUGGAUGAACAGUGGGCGGAAUACGAGCGACGUCAACGUCAGUAUGAGGAGAACUGUAAGACAGUGCAGGAACAGAUCAAUUUACACGCAAAUCAUGGAGUGAAAUUUACUGGAAUCACUUUGCCUGAUGAUUCGGAAGAUGAUGAUGAUGAUGAUGAUGAUGAUGAUGAUGAUGAUGAUGAUGAUGUGAUGAUGAUGAUGAUGAUGAUGAUGAUGAUGAUGAUGAUGAUGAUGAUGAUGAUGAUGACAAACAGUGUUGCAGGCGUGAGCAACUACUCACUGUGGAUUAAAAAUGGCCUUCAGCCUACUGCUUCGAGAAUAUUGCCAGACAACGGUAAUCCUGAUGCACGUUUGGUCAAUUCCUGGUCUGCAACCAAUCCGAGCGCCUCCGCUUCGUCUCUCAUGCGGCUUGCCGACUCCAGCAAGGUCCGUUCUACCCAGAAAAACAAGAAAGGCAACAUGUUCCGACUUCGUUGA